GUUAGGAAUUUUUAAAAAUCCAAUUUCGAGAAAUGACUGCAAAAAUCGACGAUCUUUUGGACUCGAGACCGAAACCGUGUAUUUGUACAAUACAAAGAAUCGAAGAAAAUGAACAGCAAUUCCUUUUGCCUUUGGAUUCGUUCGAUGCUAUUGAACAUCUUGAAAAUUCAAUGAAGGACCAACAAUCUCGACAACAAAUGAUCCUUUUGCUGCUCCGUAUCGGUGGAAUAAAUCUCCAGAAAACGGUUUAUGCAAUAAUGGAAAAGUUAUUCUCAUACGAAAUUGGAACUAAGUUCACUUGGACGGGAAAAUCCUCAAAAGGAAUCGAGAAAGCUAAAUUUUCUGAUCUGAAGAAUAUCUAUGCUGCAAUCUCUGGUGCCGUCCUCGGUAACAAAGACCUUGCUGGUGAUGAGAAAACUACAGUUAAAGUGCAGUAUCAAGUAACCGAGUGGCUUCGUAACUGUCAGCAGAAUUUGAAAAGUCAAAUGUAGUUGAUGAACAAAUAAAACAUUUGAAAAAUGUG